AUGGAAUCAAAAUUGACCUCUGGUGUUAUCCGUCGUAAGCCACCGUCGUCAAGAUAUUAUCCAUACGCUACAAGGAGGGGCUCUGCAAAGGAAAGCAUGAUGAAAGAUGAGGUUGUACGACUAGGUGUUGAGCUCUCGCUCUCUGUAGCUGAAUCCAUGUUCUUGCUCUGUGGUGACAAUCGUGCUCUGUUCUGUUUCGGCUAUAAGCUGUCGAGACAUGUACUGCCGCAUCAAGAUCCCGUGUUAGAAAGACUGCAUCGUGUCUUUGAUCAUAUCUCCUUAAAAGAUUUAAAAUCCAAGAACGGAGUGUGUAAUCAGAAUGGUAUCGAUUCGUCGGUGCGAUGGAGCUUUAUCAGGAACACUUGGAAGGAUUUCGUCUUCGGAACCAUAAUCUUGCAUCGCCUUGUUAUUGUUCUUCGAAAGAAAGAUCUCUCUUUUGAUGAACGAAUGUUUUCGUCUUUUAUUGCAAAGUACAAGAAAGUUCUGAGUAAUAUAGAGGAUAAACUGAGGCCCUUCAAGAAUGUUUCGGAGGCGAAUGGUUACUUGAGGGAGACGCAAGAGUCUGACAUUUUCCACUUGUGGAAGUCUCUCUUCGACGAAGAAGCUUUCGAGACAACACGCAGAGUGAUAAAGUCUCCUUACAAUCUUGGUAGGGAUUCAGCAAAGAAGAAGCUCGAAAAGGAGGCUGUGCGACUAGGAGUUGAGCUUUCGCUAUACGUGGCUCAGUCGAUGUUCUUGCUGUGUGAUGACAUUCGCAGUAUGUUAAUCUUCUGCUUCAAGUUAUGGAGAGAUGCGAAAAACGACUUGAAUCCAAACAGUCCCGUCGCGGAAAGGCUGCUUCGUUUGAUGCAUUAUAUCUACUUGAAAGAUGUCAAACCGAGAAACGGAGUAUACCAGAAUGAAACCACGUCGGUCCAGUUGGAACUGGCCGGUACGACUUGGCGGAAUUUCGAAGAUGGGUUUACGUAUCUGGAUCUUGUUGUUUUGAUUCUCAGAGGAGAAGAAGAAAACUGUUUAUACCGCAGAGAGUUCACGUCUAGUAUUGAAGAAGAGGUAAAGAGUCUAGAGGAGAAGUUGAGGUCCGUAAAGGCUGUUUCAGAGGCGAAUGGGUUUAAGAGGGAAGCGAUAAAGUGUAGCAUUUCUGAAAUGUGGAAGUCUCUCUUUGAUAAAGAAGCUAAGGAAGCUUCACAGACUCUGAGAGUGAUCAAGAAUGGGAUUCUUCGUGACCUGUUUCUCCCUCUACUGAACGAAUGA